GAUGAACAUCGAUCAGUCAACCAACCACACUACUCAUGGAAAGAUUAUCCAAGCUAAAACCCCAACCGAACUCCUAAGCAGAAUAAGAUCAUGGAGUAUUUUGCUAGCAUUCAACCUCCUGAUGAGGGCAUUAACAUCCACGAGAUUGCGAGGCAGUGCAAUCUUGACGUGAAAGAGGUGAUUGACGAAACGGCACAGCUGAUCCAUGAAGGCGAGUUGUUUACAACAGUGGACGAUGAACAUCUCAUGACUACAACCUCCUAA